UUCCUCUUCAACGCUAAAUUAUAUAUAGAUUUCCCUCUGUAUGUAUCCAUCCCGUUUUAAGUGCAGAAAGUGCAAUGACGCAGUGACAAUUUCGCUUGUUCGUUUACUUCGUUCCACUUGAAUAGAAUUAAACGUAGUAUUCUAUUCAAUUCCUUUUAAAAUGCUUUUUACAGCCGAUCGUUCUAAAAAUUGUGCUUCUUCGCGAUGGCAUUGUCAUGCUGUUUAAACUAAACGUGAAAGUUUGACACAUUCUUAUUCUCAUGAUAUCUUUACUUUUAAUUACGAGACAUUUCGCAGCAGUUUCAUCGACUUUUGCAUUACUUUGCGCUGCGAAUUUGUUUGAAUUACAAUUUCUCCAAUUCUUUUUUUAACUCCUUAUCCAAGUAUUCUUAAUUUUUUAUAAAAUUUUGAACGUGCAUAUACGAUUGUUAAAGUUAGUAGUUAUACCUAAUAUAAUACAUUUUACAUAACCUUUCGUUAUGCCAGCCAAAACGAUUAUUCCGCUUUAAAAAAUUUAAUAACAAAAAAUAUGGUCCCGAGAAAUUUAAAAAUACCCGGCGAUGUGAUCCCUUCGAAGAAGGAAAGUCAAGGCUACAUCGAUAAUUUAAAAAAGAAAGAGAGAUUUCAGUUGGAAGAGCUUUUAGAAAGGCAGAAAAAAAUUCUUGCUAAUAAAAAAUUUAUCUCAACGCUUCCCGACAAAGGAGAGAAAAUUAUAAGCUUCUACAAUAAGAUACAGAAGGAACUUGAACACAGAAAUGAAGUGGAAGAAGCAGCUAAUGUACUGUCGCGGCUUAACAUAGCAUCCGAAGGCAAAAUAGCUAUGAGUAAACUAGAAUGGACAGGAAAAUAUAAUGAAAGGGAUGAUGAAAAUAUGACUAAAAUCGUUGACUUAGAUAGUGAUGACGAGGAGGAUCCACUAAAAAUACUAGCACAGCCUACAGGAACUGGUGUUCACAAGAAGAAAAUUAUACAUAUAGUACCUGAAGAAAACCUCAUUAAACCUGAAGAUAUAGCAGAGAUUGAAACUUUUAAAAUAGAUCCUUUAAACACAGAGCAUGUCAAGUAUAUCGUUGAUAAAGUAGAGAAAGUACAGGAAAUGAAAAAAAGGGAGCCAUUUAAACCACAUAAAACAACAAAGAGCAACGUACAUGAUCCAAUGAAGGAAAAACAAAGAAAAUUACAUAAAUAUUGGGAAGUCACGGCAGCUACACCACCUCUUAUAGUUCACGGAGCAGCUAAGGUUCUGAGUUUGAACGAAUCUUUAAAAUUACAGAAGGAACAAACUGAAAAAUUACAGAAAAUUCAAGCGAAACAUGCAGUGGAACGUCUAGCUAAUCAAAUAGAAUAUAGUAUUGGUCCUACACCACAAAAUGUAGGCAGUUACCGCACACAAUAUAUGAACGGUUCACUUUCCUCGUCUUCUUCUGAUGAUGAAGAGGAACAUGAAAUGCACGAUGAGGAAGAUAACGACAGAAGUGGAACAGUUGUAUUUACUAUAGAUUCUAUAGAAAGCUAACAAAGACUGUUAAAUAUUGCGAAUAUGCACGACAAAUUAAUUCUAAUAUUAAUUUAUUUUUGCUUUAA